AUGCGACAAAUUGUGGGAGAGCUAAUGAACAGACCCCAAGGGACAUUGCCUAGCUCAACCGAGCUUCCACGCAAUCUAGGGAAUACAGGGAAAGAACACUGCCAAGCAGUCACCCUAAGGAGUGGAAAGGCAGCGAUAAAAGUCAGAAAGAAGUCUCGCAAGACCGAGUCAAAGGAGCAACCUGCAAUUGAAUCAAGGAAACCUCUAUCACAGACUGAAUCAAAGGAGUCCGAAACUAGGGAACCAGAAGAUGUGAUCAACUCCAAGCCUCCAGACCAUGAAACAUUGAAAGUACAGCUACCUCCAUUUCCUCAAAGACUGAAAAAUAAACAUAACGAUGAAGGACAUUGUCUCAAAGAAGAGAAGCAUGGGAAGAUUCACCACGGUGGCAUUGACACAAGAAUCAAAUACUAUAAUCUCACCAAAGAUGGCGACCCAGGCAGUUUCACAAUACCCUGCUCAAUAGGAGGAAUCUAUAUUGGUCAAGCAUUAUGCGAUCUUGGAGUAAGCAUAAACUUAAUGCUCCUUUCAAUCUUCAAAAGAUUGAAUGUAGGACAACUAACACCCACAACAGUGACUCUUCAACUCGCCGAUAGAUCUUUGGUGCAUCCUGAAUGGAAAUUAAAGGAUGUCUUGAUAACAAUAGACAGAUUCAUUCUACCUGCAGACUUCAUUAUCUUAGAUUAUGAGGCGGAUAAAGAUGUUCCAAUCAUAUUGGGAUAA